AUGCGCACUUUAACAGGCACUCCUUUUAUUCUUAGGAACUUCUUAGAUAAGAGGAAACUAAAAUAAAUCAAUCAUUAUCAUCAAAAUUUAUAUCACCCAAAAAAACAAUACUUGGAUUAUGAAGAUUUUUUUGAUUAAAAAGAGCAAAUUUAUUAUUUAUCAUUUAAACAAUAAACAAUCAUUAAAAGAUUAUUAAACUUGAGAGAUAAUUAUAAAUUAUUCUUAAACAAUUUACAAUCCUACUAAGAUUAAUUAAUUUAAUCUAUUAGUGAGGUUAUGAAAAAAGUUUCAAAUAAGAGAAAUCAAUAUUUAUAAGAACAAGAAUAUGAACUGAGAUAAUAAUUGUAAGAAAUUUAAAACAAUAAGGAGCUUAUCAAUUCUUAUUCUAAUAGUCGUAUUUGAUAAUCACCUUUAAAAUAAAAUAUAUUUUUUUAAACAAAUUACUAAUAAAUUAUCAGAAUUAAAUAAUGAGAUAUUUGAAUUUUUUAAUAAUGGUAAUUCAAAUUAAUCUAAUAGAUAUUAAAAAAAAUUUUUCAAAUUUAAAAGAAUCAAGUUCAAGAAAGAAAUAUAAUGCAUCUCCUUCACAAUUUAAAGAUAUUGAUAGAAUUUUAUAAAUAAAAAAAUCAUCAAGUAAACCUUAAUUUUUAGGUAAUAAUUCACCUUAGAAUUUUAAAAAUUUAUUGAAGUUCUUAAACUUAAAAUUAAUAACACAAAUAACGAUAAUUUAUUAAUGA